AACAGCCGCUUUGACCACGAAUCAUGAUGCUACAAUAUAAACUCACAGUGUUUCUUACUCUAUGCAUUUUAUUUUCAUUCGUUAUUGAAAACGAAUGUUAUAUCGGCAUAGUAGACUUUAGCACAUACAGGACUGUGACGAACUUUGCAGAUGAGUGUGUCAAAUGGAAGCACCUCAAACAUAUGCCUAUGAGGCGCUUGAAAAAACUUAAAAGGUUCAGACUUGAGGAUGAAGUUUGCUUCCAAAUUAAACAGAAGUAUUGCCCUUCAGAAACUGAUCAGCUUACCAAGGAAGGAAAUGAACAGAGAACUGUACCACUUCAUUAAAGAGUCAAUGAAUAUAAUUAAAAAUAAUACUGAAAACAAUAUUUAUAAUGUUCCCUACUUGU